AACCUAAAAUAUACCCUAUAUCACGAAUAACACUUGAUUUCACAUGAGGACUCAAUUACUGACUGUUAACAUUUUGACAGAAUCCACUGUUGAAGCUGAUGCAGCGCACAAGUUACCUAUAGUGGAGAUUCAACCAGACUUCAAAGAUAUGGAUGCUGAAGAUAUUGAUGACAUGGCACCCUCACACAACACAAACAGGGACGAGGCAAUGCUCAUGCUCUCUGCUCUACUGAGAAGAGGGACUUUAAGUGUGCGAGAGGAUACAAUGCAUAAUGUACACACAGCCCAGCGGAGACCAAGACAUAGAGUCAGUGAUGAAACUCACCUACAUAAAUGGCUGAGUAUGCCAAAUUUACCCGUUACCAGUGGAAACCUGGCUUGUAUUUCGCAUACAUCACCAGAAGAUCCACCAACACCCUUCGGAGAUCCAACAUUAACAAACAGGAUCAGGCGUUCUGCUUCAGACAUCACCCAUCAAAGAAAACGCUCCCUGUCAAAGCAAAACAAAAACCCUGUGGAUUAUCGGUGCAUGACUCACCAAGGUGAACAAAUGCUAAGUAGAGGACAACAUAUCCCUCAGCGCCAAGGGCACACAAUACAGCCUGCCUUCGUUUCACAAAGCACGGAUCAUACAGAAGGCCUCAGUGUCAUUCCCCAAAAUAUUGUUAAAAGCAGGAGUAUAGCUUUUGAAUGA